AGGAUCUGAGUGAAGGAGAAGUGAUGGGCCGUGUCUGCUCGAGGUGCUCCAUCGUUCCCCUUUGGAAUGCUGCACACUGAAGAGAAAGCAACGUGAGGCCGCACGGGAUAUUAAUGGAGUAUAUUGUGGAGUAUGACUACGACGCAGUGCAUGAUGAUGAGCUGACCAUCCGAGUUGGGGAAAUCAUCCGGAAUGUGAAAAAACUGGAAGAAGAAGGAUGGCUGGAAGGGGAGCUGAACGGCCGGCGGGGCAUGUUCCCUGAUAACUUUGUGAAGGAAGUUAAGAAGGAUGUAGAGCCCAAGGAUGAUGCCCUGCCACCCAGAAGGGAGAAAUCUGGCAAUGUAGCAAGUCUUGUGCAGCGCAUUUGUACCUAUGGGCUUCCAGCAGGAGGAAUUCAGCCUCAUCCGCCAUCCAAAAGCUUCAAGAAGAAGGCCAAGAAGCGGCAGUGCAAAGUGCUCUUCGAGUACAUCCCGCAGAAUGAAGAUGAGCUGGAGCUCAAGGUGGGGGAUGUGAUUGACAUCAAUGAGGAGGUGGAGGAGGGCUGGUGGAGUGGAACCCUGAACGGCAGGUUGGGGUUGUUUCCUUCCAACUUUGUGAAGGAGUUGGAGUUGGCGGACGAUGGAGAAACACAGGAUGCUCUGGAUGAUGCAGAGCCUGUUUUCAGUGGUCCUACCUCACCUGUGGCCUCUCCCGGGAAUGAAAGUGAACCUGGAUCUGGACCAGCACAGCCGAAGAAAAUUCGAGGUGUUGGGUUUGGAGACAUCUUUAAAGAAGGCUCAGUUAAGCUUAAGACAAGAUUAUCCAGUAAUGAAUCGGAAGAUAAAAGGCCAGAUAAGCCAUCACCCACCCAUCCUCCUGGCACAAAGCUCGCUCAUUUUCCUCGAGCAACAAAAGUGGAAAACUCCUCCGAAGCACCGAAGUCAGAAGCUGAAGGGAAACCAAAAGCCAAGGAAUAUUGCAGGACAAUAUUUCCCCAUGAAGGCGUAAAUGAUGAACUGAGUUUUAAAGAAGGAGAGAUUAUCCAGAUUAUCAGUAAGGAUACUGGAGAUCCAGGCUGGUGGAGAGGAGAACUCAACGGGAAAGAGGGAGUCUUCCCUGAUAAUUUUGCUGUUCAAAUACAAGAAUUUGAUAAAGACUUCCCUAAGCCAAGGAAGCCUCCACCUCCAGUUAAAAGUCCAGCUCCCAAGCCUGAAUUGCCAACUGGAGAGAAGAAGUUCCCUUUGAGGUCUGAAGAAAAAGAUGAAAAAGGAACUUUGGAUCAGAAGCCUUUGAAGCCGCAUGCUCCUCAAGUACCACCGAAGAAGCCCCUUCCUCCAAGCAAGUCUAACAGCUUACUGAGAGCGGGGAUUCUUCAACUAAAACGUCCAGAAAAACCAGUUUUGCCAUCAUCUGUAUCCAAAUCUAAUGGAGAAGUUGUUCAUCUUCGACCGAAAUCUGAAAUUGAGCCAGUAGCAAAACCAAAGUUAGACUCUGAGCAGUUACCAGCGAGACCAAAAUCAGUAGAGGUAGAUUCACUUGUGGUAAAGAGCUCUCGAGAAUCGGAUCUGCUAAGCUUUGAUGAUGUAAUAGCUACCUCAGACAACCUGUCACACCCCACCGCCAGUCGGCCCAAGAUGCCCGGCCGGAGGCUGCCCACGCGCUUCAACUGCGGGAGUGCUACAAGUCAAAAUGACGGUCCAGAAAAAAAUUUGAAGAUGCAGAAGGAAGAAGAGGAAAGUGCCAAACCAAAGCCAGUUGAAAUGAGAAAGCCAUCUGUGUUGAGUCCUCCAGUUCCACCUUCAUCUCAGAGACCAAGUUCUGUCAUCCUCAACUUAUUUCCUGGAGAAAUCCAGCCUAAAGUUGAAACAGACAAUUCACAGGCUUCUGUGGAAGAGCUCAGGGCUCAGAUUCAUGAUUUGAUGAAUUUAGUGGAUGCACUGAGAAAAGAGCAUGGGAGAGAACUGGAAAAACUAAGGAAGGAUCUGGAAGAAGAGAAGCUGAUGCGAAGUAAUCUGGAGCUUGAAAUAGAGAAGCUGAAGAAAGCAGUGAUGUCGACAUGAUACGCCCGUGGACUGGAUGUCUUUAACUUGCCAGGAAUGCAAAACUGAACACAAGUAGAACUGACUCCCUUAUUUUGUCAUAAUGGAUGCCGGAGUUCUACAGUCUUAAGGAAAUAUAGUGCAACAAAGGAAUAUAGUCUUCUAUUCAGAGAUAAAAAAAAAACAAGAGAGAAAAAUGGUGUAAUUUUCUUGCCAAUAUAAAAGAGGCCUUAUUUCUUACUGUGCUGGAAUUGCAGACCGUUAUUUUUUUUGGUUUGCUUGACAAUACUACUGAAUCUGUAUAAAGAGGAGAGGGAAUUCUUCAUAGAUUUUUAUUGAAUAUCUGUAGCUUAAUUUUUAAAGAGAUCUAUACAAUGAAUAGGGUGAUCUAUCUUUACAAGUAAUCUGUAAAACGGUCCCUUGGGAGGGACAGAGUAGCUGUAUGGGAAUCAGAGUCGCUGCUUUCCCCCUGCGUGCGAAAGGGAAGAGAUGAUGUUUGUGUAUCUUUAAUGUCAGCAGUCUCAGGCUGGGUUCUGCUGUGUGCCUGUCUGCUGUCUGUCAGCUGGUGGUGAGAUAGGAACUCCUUCAGGCCGCGGGUCGGGUGGCGCAGCUGCGCAUCGUGCUGAGAAGGGCUGGCCUCAUUGGAGCGGUUCAGCAGGACGUUUUGUCACUUGCACUAUUGGAUUAAAAAGGGAUUUAGGACUGAGUCAUGACGUCACAACAGAAUGAACUUCAAUAUCGCAGAAGGAAGAAGUGCAGAAAGGAGGCUGGGAUCUGCUCUGAACCGAACCUGUUGUGCCUCAAUUAUUGCAAUGUGGGAAGUAAACCUGAACUCACAGGGUCUGUGCUUCUGCAUAUCUAAACUGAUGUCAUCAGUCUUUCCAGUGGCUGAAUAUGCAUUCUGAUCUGUUUUUACAGUGCUCAAUUUUUGUUUAUAAGAUGGCUCAAAAUAAAUCACUUGAACUUUGAUACUCUGAAA